CCAUUCAACUAGUAGAUCGCGUGACACGCAAGUUAUCACUAUUGUGGAUUUUCGUGGUGCUACAGAGUUGCAACGACAAUAAUUUAUUUUCCUCCGUGUUUUAUAUUAGAGUAGGUCUCUAAAGACGUGAGGAAGAGGAGUAGAAGCUUCUUUUGAGGCGGAUCUUCUGAUGAUAACGUCUGAUCAUUCGAGAAAUAUGUAUAUAAAAUAGAUAGCGAUAUACAUAGACACAGUGUUGUGUUGUCAUGUUAAGACUUGGUUAGGUGAUCGACGGCCAAAUGUUUUAAAAAUAUAUUUUCUUAUUAGAUAUAAUGAAGAGAUCAGCUUGAUGAGUAUUGAUAGAUGUGGCCACCGAAGUGGGUUCUGAUGAUCCUUAACUCCAAGAAUAUUCCUCUUACAUUUGUCACUGAAUAUUCCUGCCAGCUUUGGUGCCUUCUGAUGCACUUUCCAUAGUAUUCCAGACUUUAAUAUUUUGAUAAAUUCAGUGUUCUAAAGGCUAUUCCAACCGAGUAUAAUUAUUUUUUGGUUUUAACUUUAUUGGUAAAGUUUGUGACCUAAUCGAUAAAGCCACUACCCAUGCAUGCAUCUCUUUUUCCUUUUGUUUAAAUUUUGUAUCUAUAUAGAACAAAAUCCUUUUGCCAAAUCAGUAAAAAAUGUUAAAGUAGAAAAAUAUGACAUAAAUGUAAUUAGUUGAGAAAAUUCAUCAAAACUAAUAGUCUAAUAUACACAUGAACAAACAAAAUCCCUCAAUAAUGAAACAUUAUAUUCUUACCCAAUAUAAUACUUGUAUUAUGUGUAUAUAUAUAUACCAAUGUUGCAAAAACUUCUUUUUUAUGGUUUAGUUUUUUCUCACUCUUUUUUUUUGUAAAUAAUUUACUUUUAUUUUAAUAAAUAGAUAGCUAAACGGAUUAAUAGGUGGAUAUGCUUUUGUCUCGUGCCCGCGUCUUCUCACCUGCCUAAAAAUCCACAUAAAAGGAAAGUUUUAACAAGCCAAUCUUGUUUUUUGGGUCAAAAACAAGCCAAUCUAAAAUAAAUAAAUAAAUGGCCAACAAAAUAAACUAAGAGCCGUCAACACCGUCCGAUCAGCACACGUAGUCAAUAUUUGACCUUAAUUGUUACCAUCCAACGGUUAAUAAAAAUAAGAACCAAAUUUCAAUUUUUCUUUGCAUACGCGCAAGGUAAUAUUCCAAAGGCAUCUUCCGAGAAAAAAACCCUAUUCGUAUCUCUCUUUCACUUGUAUAUAAAUCAAACUCAUCUCCUACACAUUCCACAACAAUCAUACAUCAAGGUUUUCCACAAGAUUCUUUUUCAGCGCUCUCGGACAAUGGCUAACAAGAACAACAUUGUCAUUGUAUUCCAUUUUGACAAGACGAUCAUCGACGUGGACAGUGAUAAUUGGGUCGUGGAUGAACUUGGCUUCACUGAUCUGUUCGACCAGCUUCUCCCCACAAUGCCCUUUAACUCUCUCAUGGCUCGGAUGAUGAAGGAGCUUCAUGAUCAUGGCAAAACCAUUGAAGAAAUCAAACAAGUCUUGAGAAGAAUCCCCAUCCAUCCUCGCGUCAUCCCUGCUAUCAAAUCUGCUCAUGCGUUAGGGUGCGAGCUGAGAAUAGUGAGCGACGCGAACACGUUAUUCAUCGAAACGGUUCUUGAACAUCUCGGGAUUCGUGAGUAUUUCUCUGAGAUUAAUACAAAUCCUGGACUUGUAGAUGAACAAGGAAGGUUAAUAGUAUCUCCUUACCAUGACUUCACCAAAUCCUCCCACGGUUGCUCUCGUUGCCCUCCUAACAUGUGCAAGGGUUUGAUAAUUGAGAGGAUUCAAGCUUCUUUUACCAAAGAAGGAAACAAGAUGAAGAUGAUCUAUCUUGGAGAUGGUGCUGGUGACUAUUGUCCGAGUCUUAGACUCAAAGCUGAAGAUUACAUGAUGCCAAGGAAGAAUUUCCCGGUUUGGGAUUUGAUCAGUCAAAACCCGACCUUGGUUAAGGCUACGGUUAGAGACUGGACCGAUGGUGAAGCUAUGGAGAGAAUACUAAUGGGAAUAAUCAACGAGAUUAUAUUAUCACCAGAAGAGGAGAAGAUGUUGAGCUCUGAUCAUUGCAAGAUAUCUGUCGGGAUUGUUCACGAACCUUUGGUGCCUCUUGCUCUUCAAGUUCCUCUAAGUCUGGUUAAGUGAUUGAUGAAUAUAAGAAAGAAUCUAAGAUAUUUUUGUUUCGAACAUUGUAUUAUAUUCUUCAUGCAACCGAGAAAGAAAGUAUAAGAUACCUAAAGUUGAAUGGUUUAUACAUGGAUUGUUUUGAACUCGUAUUUAUGUAACUCCAUUGAAAGCUUAACGCCCCUUACAUCGGAAUCCUACUACU